AUGACCCUCGCUAUGCUUCGCACCACCACGCGCCAGCUCCCACCACGGAGUCUCACCACCCACCACUUCUCCCGCCACCUCUCCCAGUGGCACGAGUCCGACAUCACCACCGACCGCAAGUCCCGCUUCCAGGCACGCCAUGUGCCGUUGGCGCUGGCAGCAGAGAUUCCCGCCAUUCUAGCCACGUUCUUGAAACUCCACAAGAGUGCCUCCAAAGCGUCCCACCCGCACAUCAUCGCCUGGAGAACCGCCACCAGUACUGGCACCAGCACCUACACCAACGUCCAGCAGGGCUACCACGACAACGGCGAAAAAGGUGCCGGGAUCAAGCUCCUUGACCAGGUGUUGGUGCGCCAUGGCGUGUAUAAUGUGUUGGUGAUAGUGACGCGGUGGUACGGCGGCAGUCCGCUAGGGGGACUGCGGUUCCGCCACAUUGUAGGGGUGGCCAGCGAGAGUCUCCGCAAGGGAGGGUAUCUAGGCGGGAAAUAA